AUGGGAAAACCGAGGCGCAGAGCUCCUCGAGACCGAACAGAGGGUGACGGUGAUAGCGGCGGUCGUGGCGAAAAUGAUGCAGAAGCUGAGGCGAUCGUGGGGUCUGAACGUGGAACCAAUGUGGGAGACAUGGUAUGGGCUCCCUCUGCAGCAAUGGCGACGGCAUUUGUCCUUCUCAUCCGUUUGCUGUCGGCCGGAACCACGUGCGUUGGCGAUUGCGAUGAAACCUACAACUACUGGGAGCCGCUUCACUACCUUCUAUACGGCUUUGGGUUUCAGACAUGGGAGUACGCGCCUCAGUUUGCCCUGAGAAGUUAUUUCUACCUGCUACCUUCUGUAACUGCGGCGAGGGCAUCGGAGAUAUUUUUGUCCUUAUUUGGCCAAGGGAACGACAAACCGCAGAUCUGGCUGGGAGUGAGGCUGUUUCAUGUUUUGUGCUGCACGUUGUGCGAGGUGCUGAUGUACCUGGCCGUCAAGCAAAAGUUCGGAAGGCGUGCAGGAGGCUUCUUCCUCCUCUUGUCCGCCACGUCUGCUGGCAUGUUCGUCUCUGCCCCGGCACUUCUCCCAUCGUCAUCAAGCAUGACGCUCUUCAUGCUUGUCAUGGCGAUGUGGCUCCAGGGGCAGUUCAGCCGUGCGAUUUUGGUGGCCAUGCUGUGCGUGUUCGGUACGGGCUGGCCGUUCGUUGGUGUAAUCUUCAUUCCGAUGCUGCUUAACUGCGCUUGGUUACGUCUGAGGCGAGGGACAUCGUUCGCCGAGGGUCUUGGGGCGGCAACCGCGUCGGCUACGUGGGCCGUGAUUUGCGCAGUCGCCAUCGCAAGCUUGGCGACUUGGAUUGAUAGUGGCUGGUACGGUCGGACCACCUCCCCAACCUUCAAUAUCUUACGGUACAACGUUUUGGACGCCGGCGAGGGCCGAGGUGACGAGCUUUAUGGCGUAGAGCCAGCAUCGUACUACGUGAAGAAUCUCUUCUUGAACACCUCCGUGGCCUUCCCUCUCGCUGUGGUGCUCCCCCUCCUAGCCUUGCCUCUGUACCCCAUGGCCGACAAGGUUGCGAAGUCAGAACUGAGGCAGAAGCUACUCAUGUGUUCCCCAGGGCUGCUGUGGCUUGCAAUCAUGUUCUCCAAGCCUCACAAGGAGGAACGUUUUCUCUAUCCGGUCUACCCUUCCAUUUUUCUUGCGGCAGCAUGCACGCUAGACAUCAUCGUGCAGGCUGCUAGUGAGCUCGUGGAGAAGUUUCGUGACGACGCACGGGCGGACAGGAAGCUCCUACCGCAGGCGAUGGCCAUGGCAUGUGUGCUGUUUGCAGCGUGCCUCGGCAUGUGCCGUACUGCAGCCGUCGUUCGAUUCCACAACACUCCAUGCAAUGUCUUCAAGUUUGUAUAUUACCGAGAGUUUCGGUCUUACUGGGAUGGCCCGCAACAUCUCCAGGCCAGCGAGAUGAUGCAGCCCGUUCGGCUCUGUGUAGGGGGCGAGUGGCAUCGGUACCCCAGCAGCUUCUAUAUCCCCAGCGAGAAAAUUGAAGUCAGCUUCCUAAGGUCUAACUUCCACGGACAGCUUCCCCAGCCAUUCGCGCCCACCGACGGCACCAAGGCGGAACCUCUGCAGUCCUUCAACGAUCUCAACGUAGAAGAAGCGGAGAGGUUUGUCGCACUAGAUGAGUGUGACUACGUUCUAGCUGCACGGUUCAGAGACUACGACCAGUACUCCACCCGCGCGUCCCAGGCAAUGCAGGACAUAUUGAAGACUAAGGAGCAGUGGCAUACGGUUCUGUCACAUAAGUUGCUGGACCCAGAGUUCUCUGAUCCGGCGCUGCGUGCCUUCUUCAUCCCGUUCGUCUCGGAGCGCUUUGUGAGGCAUGGAUUCCUCAGCCUGUACCGUAGAGUCGGGAUCGUCUAGGGAGCUCAGGGGGGGGGUGUUAGACUAGUGCUUGUACAAGUUAGGCAGUGCAUAAGCGGAUUAUGUUUGGCCCGAGGUAACCUGAAACACAUGUGGUGUAGAUAUGUAGGUUAGUUAAACUGGUACGGCUGUAUGUACUCAAUAUCAUGCUUCGAACCGGGACGAGAAGCAUCCGGAAGGACCGUGUUGCACCACCAAGCGCGAAGCCCCGCGGGAUGUUGAGUGAUUCGUAUGGAGGGCGAAAACUUACAGAGAACAGAUAACAGAUUACGGCGCGGGGCAAUCAUGGGCUGAUGAUCGUUAUUUUUUGUCGCACCGUGCCAGUGAGUGCUAUCCACUGAGUGAUGGUCAACGCAUCCAUAUUUUCAGGUAGGGGCGGGGGCGUUGAAAACACAUGGCCAUCUGCUUGGCGAAUAAGCUCGUUUCUCCAUACAAUUUCGCAUGUCAUCGCUUGUGUGCGGGUGAUUCUAUGGAAGCGCUCGAUAUUGCAAGCAACGGAGAGCGAUGCGUGGUUUCCAGCCGCUCUGUACGAGGUAACACCAAUCACCACGUUAGUCAACCUUUAGCUCACGCCCUGGGAUAGUUGAUCAAGAAAACGAUGAAUCAGUUAUCGCGUGGCCGCAACGGUCUCUGCCUACAUGUUUGGAUUAAAUGUUAUUGUCGAAGAGUUGAAGUUUAUAUUACACUGUUGUGUUGUGACUUCACAUUGAAGACCUUACCAAUCUCUCGAUCCAGUACCUUCAUCUGUCCGUACUAGUCUUAACACUUGACGCGGGCGAUUCCCGUGGCCACAGACUAAUUUACCAAAAUAAAAAUGAGCCCGAAGGGUCCGCAAGUCAUAGAAAUCAACGACAGAAAGCCUAGAACCCUCCGCUCGCCUCUACACGCUAUGCGAGGUUAACCUAGACUGGAAGCAAACAUCGCGGGCCAGAGGGGUAGUCAUAUUCCAACAGAGGAAGAGAAACAGAAAGGCACAUGCCACAACCACUACCGUAGCGACAACAAACACAGAUCGCAAGAGAACAACCAAAGCCACCCGAGACAGCAAAGGCACGUCAUCGCUCGUGGGGUUGGUGCAACAGAAGUGCAGUGAUGGCGGGGGGGGGAUUAGUCAAUCAAGGGCUUCAAUACGGCACAUGUCGCGCUUCUCGGUCCGCCUCUUCUCGUGUGCUUUCUUCCCUCGCCGUCUCGU